CUGUGUUUAAGGUGCAGAAUGUGUCUGGAGCCGCUCGUCCUCGGUGUCGGUGCGUUCGGGCCCUUGAUCACCCGCCUGCAGCCACUUUGUUUCUUCCACUGCGCUGAAACAGCCGAGACCACUGAGCGGCCGUCGGCUGCAAACACGUCCUCUCUGCAGAUGUGAAGCAGUGACUGGUUCUGUGAGGAUCAUAGAUACGUUUUUGACAACCUCGGCUGAGUCGCCCCCUCCCCUUCCUUCCUUCCUCAACUUUGACUCCAACGCCCAGAGAUGUCCUCUCAGGCCACGCCCACCCAGGGGUCAAGACCGCUGACCCCUCCGCUGACCUCCGCAGGAUCCCCGCGCUCUCCACUGUCCCCAAAGUCCCUGCAUCCUCCAGGCUGCAGACACAGAGACCGCUCACCGUCCCCCAUGAGAGGCUACCUCAUCCCCAGCCCUCUGCCCACCCGCAGAAACAGGACCUGCUCGGCGACGGCUCGGGCGUCGGAGGGUCCACUGUUUGCUGGUGUGUGUAAAUGUUUUUCCCGCUCAAAGGGCCACGGCUUCAUCACGCCAUCGGACGGGGGCAACGACAUCUUCGUCCACAUCUCAGACAUCGAGGGCGAGUAUGUGCCGGUGGAAGGCGACGAGGUGAGCUACAAGGUCUGCUCCAUUCCUCCCAAGUUCGAGAAGGUGCAGGCGGUGGAGGUGACCAUCACCCACCUCAACCCGGGAAGCAAACACGAGACCUGGUCCGGACACAUCGUCAGCAGCUGAACGCUGGGGGAGCCGAGGGGGAGACGGGGUUCACCGGGCCAGUGGGGGGGGAAGGGAGACGUAGAACAACUUGAGAGGGAGAGGAGGCAGAUCGGGUGAGAAGUGAAGCCGAGGGCGUUGGGGUCAGAGGGAAGUUAUUACUGCUCCUUGUGUGAUGCUCAGAGACGGCUGGAGACACGACCAGUGUCCUGAGGUGACGGGUAAAGGUUUAAUUUGGAUUUGAGUUGACAUGUGUGAGGCUUUCUCUGUCCUUCCUGGGAAAUGGGGAACUAUAUCUUUGAAGCACAUACAGGUGGUAUAUGAAUAGAUAUAUGAUCACGGUGGAAUCAUCAUAGAAAGAUUUAUAACAUUAUCGUAGGUUUCUUCUUUAGAGUUUUUAGAUCCUCCCCCUGUGUUGAGAUCUGAUGGACAGAGGUCACAACCAGACUAAUGUGGGCGAGGUGUUGAAGAGGAGUCGCUGUGAGGCUCCGGCAGCAGGAGGUUGUUUUCCAGGUUUAAGGCUCAGUCACAAAUAUGUGAAGAUUUCUGAGGCGAACCGACCCCCGUUUAAUCUGUGAGAGCGAGGAGGCGAAUAAAAGAUCUGUUUCCUGUGGCGAGGAGGAAUAAAAGAUCUGUUUCCUGUGGCGAGGAGGAAUAAAAGAUCUGUUUCCUGUGGCGAGGCGAAUCGCAGCAGGGAGUUAAACGUUGGUGAACUUUGACCCAUGUUAUUCGCUUCACGUUCACGUACACGUGAGCGUGCCCUCGCUGUGCGUGUCGACUUCUGUCCAGACAACUCGCACCUCUCCUUGUGCCUAUAAACCAACUUCCCUGUAUUUCAUCUUCAUGUGUGGGUGGUUGUAUGAAAAGUUCUCAAAGUAAUUAAAGCAUUUUCAACUGGUU